UUAUCUUUUCACCAUGUUAGACUGUGACUUUUAUCCACAUGUUAUAUUUUGUUUUGGUUUUAUAUGCUACACUACAACUUUUUUAACAUGCUUCUUUGUUACUUUCUUGAUAUUGUAAACUAUGUUUUAAAGACUUAUUCCACAUUUCUACAAAAUUAUUUUUUGGCAUUAAACAUUAGAAAAUGCCCAUUUUAAGAUUUACCUGUCAUUUAACUUCUUGAAUCCUGUUAAAAAAUUAAAAGGUACGUCUUUAAUAGUUUGGGAACCUUUUCCGAUGCAUUCGGCCUCAUUGUGAAGCUAUUACACUGUAUAUGCUGUAAGGAGCUGACGAUAAAGUGUUCUCAACCUGCUGUUUUGCAACUAUUCCUUUGAGGAAGGAUUCCCAUGGUUUUAGAUUUCAAGCGUUACAUUCUUCCUCCGUAUCGGUGAACUGUUGCUCUCUGCUCAGCUGGACCAACAGGUGUACAACAGUAUACAAUUUUAAGAGUUUUAAGUUACUCUGUGGCCUCAAGUUUGCUUGUAAAAACAUAAUACAGUGAAAGAAAUACAAGUGUAUGUGUGUACGGUGCAUGAUCUGUAAGUGAGAUUAUGGUAUUUACGCUUUAGAGGGGGUCAGAGGGGGCGGUUACACUGCAUACAUGUAACGUUUCAGUCUCCUUUCCUAAACUCUUUUUAAAUCAAUCAGCUUACCUGAAAAUAAAACGUGUUGCUGGAAUUCUGGGAACUAAACCUGCUCAUUCAUUCGGUUAUUCCAGACUGGCCGUCAUCUCUCAUGCCACAAAGAUUGAGAGAGUUGCCGCUCAGAAAAAGUGAAUUAAUCACUGGACAAACGUCCAAAUGCUUACCUCCAAUAUCCGAUGAUCUCACAGGCCGAAAUGUUCUCACACUUGUGAUUGGCCAGCUGUCCAGACAACGUGGGAGAGUUGCCCAUUAAUCACUGGAAUGAAGGCCAAAGGAAGCAGUGGGUUGAAACAAUAAUCUAGACCACUUAAAACAACUGCCAACAUCCAUUAUUUACAUUUCUGUGGAGAUAUUGAAUGCAUCUAGGAAUGCAGCGUUAAACCAUUAUUUACUUGCACAACCUCAAAGAAACAAAUGAAAGAUUGAGCUGAGGUUGAAUAACGGAGCUUUAGGAUCGUCUUUCCACAAAACCACGACUUUGCACUGAAUAAAGGGGAAGCUCCCUCAUUCAAUUAGCUUGUGCUAAACCUCAGCGAGGCAGCGAGCCACACAAAUCUCCACCCUCAUCGCAGAUGCAUUUGCCCACAUGCCCUUAAUCUCCAAAAGAAAACAUGCGUAUCACCACAUCCAUUCUCACCGCCUUCACUCAGCCCCACCCUGAAAAACACAUACCUGAGUUUAGAGUUGGUGCAUGUGGCAAUACACAGUAGAUAAGCUAAAUAAAGACUUAUAAAGACUCCUAAUCCGUCACCAUAUCUCAACAAGUUUUACUGCCUCAUGAGGGUGAACAGUAAUAGAAUUACUCUGCUUUAACCGUCAGGUCUAAAUCCAGAUCGCCUGCAAGAUCCUCAUCGUUAUCAUCUGAAAAACACCACAGACGUCUUCACUCAGUUUUAGGAAACAGAGCAAACAAAUGGUUGAUGUUAACAUCUUCAGAAUAAAUACCACGCAAACAUAACGUCUGUGAUUUAAAAGCCGGGGAUUUGGAGCCACGUGCACAUCCAUCCUACUUUAAGGCGCCCGCGGGGCGAGGAGGGAGAGGAGGGAGCAGGACGGACACGUGGCUCAGCUGAAGUUAAGUUACAUUACGAUCCCACCGGUAUAAUCGGCGUCGUGUUGGCGAGGCACCAUGACACAGCAGCUCGCUGGUUCACCGUUCCUCAAGCCGACCUUCCCGAAAGCGCCUGUCGGAGGCCCUCUGCGACACCGACGGCACACGCUGCCCGCCAGCGAGUUCAGGAACCUCACGCCGCAGGACGCCAUCAGUGUGUUUGAGAUCGAGAGGGAAGCGUUUGUCUCUGUGUCUGGAGAGUGUCCACUCACCCUGGAUGAGGUGCUUAACUUCUUGGCUCAGUGCCCUGAGCUGUCUCUGGGCUGGUUUGAGGAAGGGCAGCUCGUGGCUUUCAUCAUCGGCUCUGGCUGGGACAAGGAGAAGCUCUCGCAGGAGGCCAUGACUCAGCAUUUCCCGCACUCCCCCACCGUGCACAUGCAUGUGCUGUCGGUGCACCGCCACUGUCGGCAGCAAGGCAAGGGCUCCAUCCUCUUGUGGCGCUACCUGCAGUACCUGCGCUGCGUGCCAGGCCUCCGCCGGGCUCUGCUGAUUUGCGAGGACUUCCUGGUGCCCUUCUACCUCAAGGCCGGUUUCAAGGAAAGAGGACCGUCCGCCAUCUCCGUGUCCAACAUGCGGUUCCAGGAGAUGGAGCACUUGCUGGGUGGGCAGGCGUACGCCCGGAGGAACAGCGGCUGCUAGUCCACGUAGUCAGCUCCAGUGUUGGACGCAGGGAAGAUGAGGUUAACGCGACGGCAGGAGGCCCAGGCGGACCGGGUUCAGUGUUGCAGGUAGCAAAGGUCCGACUGGACCUCCUGAUGUCGGCAUGACACAAGGCCCUGAGGACUGUGGGGAGAAGGGGGACCAGAGUGGAUCCAGCUGAAAAGAGGAACCAGCGGUUUGGAGAUGUCAAACUCUGUCUCCGUUACCAUCUUGGCUUCAUGGGUUUAACUAAAAACGCUUGGGUUGUCAUUUGAAAAUUGGUCCGAGAUUUUGCUGCUUCCUUGUGGCAUCAUUUCAAUAAACUAUGAAACAAUUUCAA